UUCUUGUCUUGCACAGCCAAGACGACCCUUUUUUCUUUCUUCUUCCAAUUCUCACUCAAUGGUGAAGAACAACAACAACGCAGAUCCUCUUAACACUUUUUCUCAGCAUUGGAUGCUGAUGAAUAUGGAGGUGAUGGAAGCUGAUUUCAUGCAAAUGAUAUUGAAUGAAGAAAUUGAAACCCAGAACAAUUGUUUGGAUGAUGAGACAAAAUUUGGGCCCAUAUCAAGUUCAAGAGAUGAUCAUCAUUUAAUACAAGUAAACUUCACAAAGGAUAUUCAUGAUACUGAGAAGCUAAUUCAAAAGAAAAAUGAAGCUUAUUCUCAAAUUGCUGAAAAAUUACUAAAAAGGACGGCGGAUUGUAACUUUGUAAUUUUAGCAUAGGAACUAUUUCAAAUAUCUAUAUCAUCAGGAGGAAUGAAAUGGAGACUUCGCAGCAAUUUUUGAAGGAAUUUCGGCCUUCGAAGAACCCUAACCCUAGCCGAGGGAGAGACUCUUAGAGAGUUAUAAUUGGUAAAAGCUCACCACCUGGAUACCAUGUUAUUUCAAAGUUCGAGCACUUACGACAACAAUAUUCAAAUAGUUUUUGGGCAUGGAAGCACCAAGUCGAGAAUUUGCAAAAUUGUCUCUCAGAGCUUCAUCAUUCAAAGAACCCAUCCAAGUAAGGAGAGCUAUUGGAACAUACUCUCAAGAGGAACAACUCAAUUGCUUUGUAAGUUAUUUAAGCCUAAGUAUUCCAUUAUUAUAAAAAAAAAAAAAAAAAAAAAAAAAAAAAA